AUGGCCUCUGGUGUUGGUGUAGCAGAUGACUGCGUCAGCGUCUUCAACGACUUGAAGCUUAAGCAUAGCAUGAAAUACAUCGUGUACAACAUGAAUGAUAAGAUGACGGAGAUCCAAGUUAUGAAGACUGGAGGCAAGGAGGCGACCUACGAGGAGUUCUUGAAGGAACUGCCCGAGAACGACUGCAGAUAUGGCGUGUUCGACGUAGAGUACACUGAUCCUAAGACCAAGGCAAGCCGCAAUAAGAUAGCGUUUUUCAUCUGGUGCCCUGACACCGCCAAGGUUCGCACGAAGAUGAUCUUCGCGUCAUCAAAGGACGAGCUGAAGAAGCGACUUGUGGGCAUUGCAUGCGAGGUUCAGGGUUCGGAUGCGGGAGACGUUGCUUUGGAAACUGUUGUGGACAGGUUGCAGCAAAUUUAA